AUGAAAACCUUGAAUUUCUCCUUUUUCCGGCAUUUUACGUGGAAGAGUCCCCUCACCACUUCCUCUUCGGAUCAGGUGGAGUGCCAUACCAAAGGAGGGAACGAACGGCUGGCGGGGGCCUGUUUGGAUCUCCUACAGCGAUGUGGGCGUGCGGGAAAAGACAAGGGAGAGGGGGAUCCCCCGAUCGAUUUCACCUCGACGGAAGGACUGUCGAAGGUGAUGGACAUGCUCCUGCGGGAAUCCUACCACACGCCGGCUGAUCAAUUUGAUAUUGUCUAUGAUGCUCUUUGUUCUCCCCUCGCACGGGACGACAUUCAGGUCCGGCAAAUGUUGAUGAUUGUCCUGGAAUCCAUUACUCCCAUCCAUAUUUAUCAUCUAUUUGAAUCCGAAGACCUUAUUCGUCCGGUGGUGGAUCAGCUCGACGAGGCCGCAGGGGCCGCGCGGCGGUUGAGUUUGCAAAAAUACAUCCACUUCCUCCUCGGUAAAGGCGAGGUGCCAGACGGGCUCACCACGGAGGAGGUUCUUCGGGCGUAUACGGAAGAUUUCAAAGAAGCUUUCCCGAUUACCGCGCUAAGUUCUGCCUUUGUAAAACUUGAAACACACGCGAUGCGAAUCGCGACCCAGGCGAAGCUGAUUAAACUUCUAAUGGAGCUUUGCGCCGCCUUUGACAAGGAGCGAAGCGGAAAAGUAAAGCUCGCGGAGGUUCAACACACCGCGGAGGAGGUUCUUGGGAAGGAAAAGGCCAGUCAACUACUGGCUGGCGCCCCUACUGACAUGGAUGGAAAUCUUUCCUAUGCCCAUCUCACCGCUUUACUUACACGACCGCCACCACCAUUGUCAGGAUGA